AGUAUUCUUCUUUUGAAUCGUUCGUUUUAUUUUCUGGGGGAAAGCUUAUAUGGGAACGCGGUCGUCCGCUUCAUCGUCACCAUCGCACAGAGAAGACGACCACGGGCAUGUCCUCCUUUUCAUACCUCAACCUACCCAAUGCUCUCUUCCUUCCAAUACUAUGACGACGGCGCCGACGACAAUAACGGCCAUGAACAUUAAGAAGAAGAAGCUGAAGCUGGAUACUGCUAACGGCAAGAAGGGCCUAGCAACUCGGAGUGGUCUUCACGGCGUGAUCCUCGCGAGCCUCAUCCACCAGCUCCGGAGACGCCGUAUCCUACACCAGCGCCACGUUUUCCCUAUCCUCUCUGCUCUCUCCGGUUGCCUCCUCCUCCUCUUCGCUGCCUCCUCCCUUCCCGUUAUCCAGCACCAGAGCCACUUCUCGUUCGGCAAUGCGGUCCACGUCGGAUCGGACUCGGAUGCGGGAACGUCUUUUACUGUGCCGGCUAGUGGAGGGAGUUUAAGCCGUGACUUGUGGGUGUCGAGGCUGUCCAAGCUGUACCACGGUUGCAGCAAUGCUAGCGAUAAGUUUGCGACAGGGGCUGAUGCGAAAACGCAUCCGAAUCGGCACUUGUUGAUUGCCACUAGUGGAGGUUUGAAUCAACAAAGAACAGGGAUAACAGAUGCUGUUGUUGCAGCUUACAUUUUGAAUGCUACUCUUGUUGUACCAAAGCUGGAUCAGAAAUCCUUUUGGAAGGAUACCAGCAACUUUACUGAGAUCUUUGAUGUGGACCAAUUUAUCUCAUUUCUUUCAAAAGAUGUUAAAAUCAUUAAAGAGCUUCCAACAAAGGGAGGGAAAGCCUUGACACCAUAUACCAUGCGCAUUCCAAGGAAAUGUAAUCCAAAAUGCUACGAGAAACGUGUUCUACCUGUUCUUAAUAAAAAACAUGCUGUCCAGCUCACUAAAUUUGAUUACAGGCUUUCAAAUCGGUUGACUGCUGAUUUACAAAAACUCAGAUGCAGGGUUAACUACCAUGCUCUGAAAUUUACUGAUUCUAUUCUCGAAAUGGGUAAAAGGUUGGUCCAGAGGAUGAGAAUGAAAAGCAAGCAUUUCAUUGCACUGCAUUUGAGGUUUGAACCAGAUAUGCUUGCAUUUUCUGGAUGCUAUUUCGGUGGGGGAGAAAAAGAAAGAGGAGAACUCGGUGCAAUACGAAAGAGGUGGAAAAACUUACAUGCAAGCAACCCUGAAAAAGUACUAAGGCAUGGACGAUGCCCACUCACUCCGGAGGAAGUUGGUCUCAUGCUAAGAGCAUUGGGUUUUGGAAGUGAUGUUCACCUAUAUGUGGCAUCAGGUGAAGUAUAUGGAGGUGAAGAGACAUUGGCACCCCUCAAAGCACUCUUCCCAAAUUUUCAUUCAAAAGAGACUAUAGCCGGUAAAGAGGAGUUGGCACCAUUUUCAUCAUUUUCUUCUCGCAUGGCUGCACUAGACUUCAUUGUUUGUGAUGAAAGCGAUGUUUUUGUCACCAACAACAAUGGCAAUAUGGCUAGAAUGUUGGCUGGACGAAGAAGAUACUUUGGGCACAAACCAACCAUUCGUCCAAAUGCUAAGAAACUGUACCGCUUGUUCAUGACUCGAAAUAACAUGACUUGGGAAGAAUUUGCCUCCACGGUUCGAAGUAAUCAGAUUGGGUUCAUGGGAGAGCCAAAUGAGGUGAAGCCUGGUAGGGGUGAAUUUCACGAGAAUCCAACAUCCUGCAUAUGUGAGAAGUCCAAGGAAAAGGCAGGGGAAGUUUUGAUUCCUCGGAAUCAAACCAAUAAUCUCGAUAGCAUAAAUAAGGAUUCCAGUGACGUGACAGAAGAGCAGUUAAAUGAGGACGAGCAAGAACAGUCAGAUAUGGAUUAUCCGAAUGGAACACUAACAACAUCAGAUGGCAAUCAUUUGGUUAAACGCGAGCAACCAGAACUCGAGGAAGAGUUAUUUUCAGACUAAAAUCAGGGAGGCUGCAUACAGUCAAUCGAUCCCCAUUGAAAGGUUGUAGGCCAUACCUAACCCAAUUUUUCAAGAGAUUCUUUCGGGUCCUGUUGCUCCAUUUUUAUUUGUUUCAAUGGAGUUUCUUUAACCGAGGCGGCAGGUGACAACAAAGUACUUUGUAUAUAUAGCCAUGCAUUGGCAGUCCGCCAGAUUGAAUUUCCAGUUUCUGUACAUGCCCUGCACAGCACUGCUCCUCCAUUCAGAUUUAGAUGCUUCUUGUACAUGGUAAACCGCUAGGAUUUGUGGCUUAGGACAAAAUCUUUUGCUCUCUCGGAGGGUGGUGGCCGUAUGGCAGGGGGGACAUGGAUGUAAAUAGGGGUGGUUUAAGAUUUGAUUUAGAAUGUAGGCUUUUACUUUUUCUCUUUUCCUUUUCUUUAGUUAUAUUUCUAUUUUUAAAACUUCUUUUCCCCUAUCUAUCUUUUGCAAGGAUAAGCGUAUAGUGUCACUGUCUGGUUCAGAAAUUUUGAAGUAAUUGCAACAUAA